AAAUGGGAGGCAAAAGCUCUACUCCACGCCGUAGCCCUAUUCCUAGUACUGAACCUCUUCAUUAUACUCUUCUUGCUGCUACUCUUCCAAAAAAAAAAUUUGAUCCUUUUGCGGAAAUGAACAAUGGAAGUAAGGUGGAGAAUCUGAGAUAUUGGGUGUAUGAGGAAUCCAGAGGAAAUUACUUCAUUUUGUUUGCAAGGGAAUUAAAGAUAGUAUGGGGCGAAGAUGGCCGUUAUUGGCGUUGGAUACGUUUGCCAGAAUCAAGCCAUCCCGAGAUCGAAAUGGCCGAGCUUCUUAAAGUCUGCUGGUUUGAAGUGAGGGGAAAGAUAGAUGCAUCAUGCCUCUCUCCAGGGAUGGACAACAUCGUGGCCUUCAUUGUGUGAGGAAGCUCAUGGGUGGGAAGAACAAAAUGUCACACUUAGCUUUAUUCUUGCCAACAAAAUGAAAAUGGCGAAAACACACACACAAACGCUAGAAGAAAAGGAGAGGCGAAAGUGGAUGGAGAUUCAUGUGGGUGCUUGCUUUUCACACCAGAGAAAAAGAAGAGAGAGAGUUUUCUAUGAUGCAAACCCAAGAGGGUGAAUGGAAGAGUGGGCUUCUCAUUAAAGGUGUGGGUUUAAGGCCCAGGAAUGCGAGCAUUAAGGUGUGGUUUAGAACCACAGUAAGGUUAUAAGGGCCCAGGCUGGAGUCAGUUUCUCUCUCUAGGACCGUGAGGGCUACAAGCAGGGUAGAGUUUAGUGGUUUUAUAUAUAUGGAAGAAAUAUGUCA